AAUAUAAAGCAUCUUUAGCCUCAUAAAACAUUUACUGGUCAAUGGUUUUAGUAUUGCUAAUUUUCGAUCAUCAUUUCAAGUGUCUAGGUUUGUGUUUCUCGUAAGUUUGAGAAAUUAAUAUCAUGUAGUUUACAAGCGCAUUGAUUAAAUCCAACAAUUUGCAGGUUUAUGGGCUCAUACUGAUAAUGCUAAUAACAUUACUGAUUUUCUCAGAGCGAAGUAAUUAGAGUGAAUCGAAAUCUCUGGAAUCCAGCAGUUGUCAGUCAUUACUCUACAAUGUCAAACACAUCAUGAAUACAGCUAGGACAAUUGUUAGUCUGAUUCGUAUAUUAUAAUUGUUGCAAUUUGAUGUUAGAUUUGUAAGUAAAUUUUAUCUGGAACCUAAUUCUAAUUUUACAGUUUAUAUCUUAUCAAGUUGAUAAAUAUUUACUAAACCGAAUUCUCCAGUAAUUUAUUUUGUUCAUACGUUUCCCCCCCAGCUAAUAGGUAUUCCAAUUCUUACAACGUUCAAGCCCGAUUAUGUGUUCUAUUCAUUCGUUCACAUCAAAUCAAAUCGAGAAAUUACGUGAAUCUCUUCUACUUUGGUAUGAUAGAUCCAAACGUGAUUUGCCGUGGCGUCGAAUGGCCUUGAAUCCGGAUCCCAAUUUACGCGGUUACGCUGUCUGGGUAUCGGAAGUUAUGCUUCAACAGACUCAAGUAAAAACAGUUAUUGAUUAUUAUGAUCGAUGGAUGAAAAAAUGGCCUAGUGUUGAUCAUCUAGCCUCGGCUUCGUUAGACGAUGUCAAUUCUCUAUGGUCUGGAUUAGGUUAUUAUUCCAGAGCUCGCCUACUACAUAAAGGAGCGAAAAAGAUUGUCAAUGAAUUUAAUAGUAUUUUCCCUCAAUCUGCCGAGGUUUUAAAGCAUUCGAUACCUGGUGUUGGACGUUAUACAGCUGGAGCAAUUGCAAGUAUUGCGUUUAAUCAGUGUACUCCUGUUUUGGAUGGAAAUGUAAUUCGUGUUCUAACACGUUUACGUCAAAUUGGUUCCCCUGUACAAUUACCUACUUCUAUGGAAUAUUUAUGGAAUUUGGCAACUAAGCUAGUCGAUCCUAAUCGACCUGGAGAUUUUAAUCAAGCUUUAAUGGAAUUAGGUGCAGUUUGUUGUACACCGAAAAACCCUGAUUGUAUGAAAUGUCCACUUAAUAAAGUUGGUUUAUGUGAAUCAUAUAAACAGGCUAAUGCAAGCAAAAGUGAUUACAUUUCAACUGAUCUUGAAGAUUGUCAUUUGUGUAUUAAUAGUAGUGUUUAUCAAAAAAGUCUUGGAGUAAUGAAUUAUCCUGUGAAACUUAGCAAACGUGAACCUCGUAAACAAAAUACAGUUAUUCUAAUCACACAUACUUCGAGAAAAGAGAAUGAAGCACUAAAAAAUUACUACCUACUUUUACAACGACCUAAAACAGGUCUUUUGGCUGGUUUAUGGGAAUUUCCAAGUUACACUAUUGAAGAUGACAAAUUGACGAGUGAAAUUCAACAAUCAUUUAUUCCUUUAGUUAUUGAUCGAAUUACAAAUGCGUUGAAUUCCUCACUGAAUAUAACUUCAAUUAAUGAAUUAAAUGUGAAACCUAUUGGAGAGGUUCUACAUAUUUUCUCCCAUAUACACAUGACGUAUAUUGUAUUCGAAUUGAAAGUUGAACAACAACAACAAACAAUUCCUUCUGAGUGUUUAAACAAUUCUAAUACUACUACUACUUGUGAUUGGCCGCCAAGUUUAAAUUCCGGUCGAUGGGUUAGUCGUGAAGAUUUAAACGACUCAGCUAUAUCCACUGCUACUAGAAAGGUGUUUGCUCAUUUUGAAAACUCCAAAUCAUCACAUUCUGAAGUUGAUAAAAAUCAAGGAAAAAUCAAAAGAACCUCUACAAACAAACAAUUAUUGAAUUCUAAACAAUCAAAAUUAGAUCAUUUCUUUCAUUAG